CAUCAGAGCAGAGUGAAAGCAGAGAGGGGAGGAAACACUGCAACGCAAGGAGGGAUCCCAGCAUCUCACUUCGCUGGGUAUUCAGUCCUGAGCUUCUCCCGCUAGGAUAAAUCCCUAGAUGCUUGACAUCUCUAUUUCCAAAGCAGUACUCCUCCUCUAGCCUACAGUCAUGAACUACCUGCGCCGGCGUCUGUCGGACAGCACCUUUAUCUCCAACCUGCCUAAUGGCUACAUGUCAGAUCUGCAGAAACCAGAUCCUUCUCAACCUCCCCCUCCCGGACCAGCCUCAGGACCAGCUCCAGUGUCCCCGGGCCAGGAGAGAAAACCCAUCCAACCUCAGCCUGUAGCGACGGGGUUCUUCAGCUCCAUCACCAGUGUGGUGAAGCAGACGGCCGCCUCAGCAGGGCUAGUGGAGCAAACGCCUGUGCCCGCAUCAUCCAAAAGACAUAGGAUCCUGCUGGUCAUCGAUGAACCACAACAGGACUGGGCCAAACUCUUUAGAGGGAAAAAACUGAAUGGAGAUUAUGAUAUUAAAGUUGAACAGGCUGAGUUUGGUGACAUCAGUGUCGUGGCUCAUGCUAAUGGAUCAUGUAACGUGGUUGUGCAGGUUUUGCAGAAUGAAAACAAAGUUUUCAGGUCAUUUAAGCCUGACUUUGUCCUGAUCCGACAGCACGCUUACAGCAUGACAGAGAAUGAAGACUUCCGUACCUUAAUCAUCGGACUGCAGUACGCCGGCAUUCCCAGCAUCAACUCCCUGGAGUCGAUUUACAACCUCUGUGACAAGCCCUGGGCAUUUGCAUGUCUGAUCAGCACAUGCAAGAAACUUGGACAGGAGAAAUUCCCAUUAAUUGAACAGACAUUCUAUCCCAACUAUAAAGAAAUGGUGACCAUGCCGGCAUUUCCUGUUGUCGUGAAAAUCGGGCACGCUCACUCUGGUGUGGGGAAGGUGAGAGUGGAGAACCACACAAAGUUUCAGGACAUAGCGAGUGUAGUGGCCAUCACUCAGACCUACAGCACGUGUGAACCUUUCAUCGAAGCCAAAUAUGACAUCAGGAUUCAGAAAAUAGGAAAUGAUUACAAAGCUUACAUGAGGACGUCAGUCUCAGGUAACUGGAAGUCCAACACUGGCACUGCCAUGGUGGAGCAGGUGGCUAUGACCGACAGGUAUAAGCUUUGGGUUGACACCUGUAGUGAAAUAUUUGGAGGCCUCGAAAUUUGUGCCGUUAAAGCUAUUCAUGGAAAAGAUGGAAAAGAUGGAAAAGAUUACAUUACUGAGGUAAUGGGUUCAUCCAUGCCAUUAGUGGGAGACCAUCAGGCCGAGGACCAGCAGCUGAUAGCAGACAUGGUCAUCGCCAAAUUGAAUCAUGUUAUGGCACAAAAUCCCAAAAGACCAACAGCUAUUCAACCAAGAAAGAAUGCUGUUGUGGUUGAAGUAAAGCACGACCAACCACAGAAAGCUCCUCCACAAGGCUGUUUGCAGUACAUUCUUGACUGCAAUGGUGUUGCUGUGGGACCAAAAUUAGUGCAGGCAAACUGAUACAACCAUGAAAGCUCAAAGCAUUUCAACUCCCGACAGGUUGUGUUUAAACGUUCAGACAGUGACCUGAGGUGCAAGGGAACAAAUAAUCUGUUAGAAAUGUCUUCAUUUGGGCAUGAUCGAUAUGGAUAUACUGUGUAACUUUCACUGUUCUGCGCUUGUGAUGGUUGCUUUGUUUCUAUGUGAAGCGGUUGUCUCUUCAGGGUUGUUGUGUGGUGAUACAGCAGAUCGUGCCAAGUGUUCAGUGCCACUCUUUCCCAUGUACUUUUUUCUUGUCUUAUGUCUUGUGUUAUGUUUCAGUAAACGGUGUUCAAAGAGUUACAGUGUGUGUGUGUACCUGGUAUUCCCUAUGGUAAAGGGGACCUAAAGUCACCACAAGGAUAGUAAUACCAGUAAAUUUUGACCUUGUGGGGACAAUUUUAUUUAUUUUUUUAUUUUUAUUUUUUGGUUUCCAUGAGGAAACAAGCUUAUAAAUCAAACAGAAUGAAAAAAAAUUAUGCAUAAAGUUUUGUGUGAGCGGUAGGUUUAGGGUAAGGGGAUAGAAAAUACAGUUUGUACAGUAUGAAACCAUUACGCCUGUGAAGUGACCCCAUAAAACAUGGAAACCAGUGUGUGUGUGUGUGUGUGUGUGUGUGUGUGUGUGUGUGUGUGUGUGUGUGUGUGUGUGUGUGUGUGUGUGUGUGUGUGUGUGUGUGUGUGUGUGUGUGUGUGUGUGUGUGUGUGUGUGUGAAUGGUUGUACAUAUACAUGGAAGUAUGGAGACUAUUAAAUAUAAAUGAACAUUUUAAUUGCAUGAUCAAAUGUGUGUGUCAUUGUGUGUUGAAAGGUAAUGUGUGUAUUAUAAAAUAUGAAAUAAUAGAUAUCAUACUGUAUGUACUGUAUUGUAAAUGUGUUAUAAAAUAUGGUGAAAUGUAUUUGCUACAAUGGAUGAAAGCUCUAUUACUGAACAUCAAUAAUUUUUUGUUCUUGUUACCAAUAUUAUUGCAGAAAUGUAAUUAAAUAAAAAGCAAUAAAAAUAAAACUCUGAACAAACACUGAA